AUGGCGACGUCUCUGGGCUCCAACACCUACAACAGGCAGAACUGGGAGGACGCGGACUUCCCUAUUCUGUGUCAGACGUGCCUUGGAGAAAAUCCUUACAUCCGGAUGACACAUUUGUUGGGUUGUGUUCUUUCUAAUUACUACAAUUUUCUUUUAUUUCAGACCAAAGAAAAAUAUGGAAAAGAAUGCAAAAUUUGUGCCAGGCCGUUCACAGUGUUCCGCUGGUGCCCCGGUGUUCGCAUGCGUUUUAAGAAGACUGAAGUGUGCCAAACCUGCAGCAAGCUAAAAAAUGUAUGUCAGACCUGCCUUUUGGACCUAGAAUAUGGCUUACCUAUUCAGGUCCGUGAUGCAGGACUAUCCUUUAAGGAUGACAUGCCUAAAUCUGAUGUGAACAAAGAAUAUUAUACCCAGAAUGUUGAGCGAGAGAUUUCUAACUCUGAUGGAACUCGGCCAGUUGGUGUUCUUGGAAAAGCUACAGCUACAAGUGACAUGCUGCUUAAAUUGGCUCGGACGACCCCUUAUUAUAAACGGAAUCGUCCUCACAUUUGUUCCUUCUGGGUGAAAGGAGAAUGUAAAAGAGGAGAGGAGUGUCCAUACAGACAUGAGAAGCCUACAGACCCUGAUGAUCCUCUUGCUGAUCAGAACAUCAAAGAUCGAUAUUAUGGCAUUAAUGAUCCUGUGGCAGAUAAGCUUCUAAAACGGGCUUCAACAAUGCCUCGCCUGGACCCUCCAGAUGAUAAGACCAUAACCACUCUGUAUGUUGGUGGUCUGGGAGAUACAAUUAGUGAGACGGAUCUCAGAAAUCACUUUUACCAGUUUGGUGAGAUCCGAACAAUAACAGUUGUACAGAGACAACAAUGCGCUUUCAUCCAGUUUGCUACAAGGCAAGCUGCAGAGAUGGCUGCCGAGAAGUCCUUCAAUAAACUGAUUGUAAAUGGGCGCAGGCUUAAUGUGAAAUGGGGAAGAUCUCAAGCAGCCAGAGGAAAAGAAAAAGAAAAAGAAGGAACCACAGACUCUGGAAUUAAGCUGGAGCCUGUCCCAGGACUUCCUGGAGCUCUUCCUCCUCCUCCAGCAGCUGAAGAAGAAGCCUCUGCCAAUUAUUUUAAUCUCCCUCCCAGUGGUCCUCCAGCCGUGGUUAAUAUUGCCCUGCCGCCACCUCCUGGCAUUGCACCUCCUCCCCCACCAGGUUUUGGACCACACAUGUUCCACCCGAUGGGACCACCACCUCCCUUCAUGCGAGCUCCAGGACCCAUCCACUAUCCUUCUCAAGAUCCCCAGAGGAUGGGGGCUCAUGCAGGAAAACACAGCAGUCCCUAACAUCCUGCUACAGUGGUUGGGCUCUCAGGAGGAAAAGCGCUUUAGAAAUGUAAUAAAUAAAUCUUGGAGUAAAUAUUUUUUUCCUUUGUAAGUUUCCAUGGUGACAUAUAAUAUGCUAAGAUAUGGGAAGAGUUGAAACCGAGUUCCCAAGCACAGGGCAGGUGGAGAAGCCCUGCCAAACUCAUAUUAACAAAUAUGGUCACCAAUGUAACAAUGUCCUUUGCUUCUUAAUCAUACAGGAAAAAAGAGGGUCAGGAUGAGUGUGAAACUUCUGGGAAUCUUUAGGAGAUUUCUAAUUCCAAUUGUAUGUAUUCCUUUGUGUGUUGGGGGUUUGACAAACUUUGACCUAGGGUGAAAGCAAAUGUUUGACAAUAUUUUUAAAAUAAUUCUUUUGCUUGUACUAGUAAUUAAGAAGUCAUUAAGUAUUAUUUCCCUAUUACCCAAGGUCAAACUUUGAAAAUUAAACAUCCCUAGAUACUUUCUUUCCUCUUUUAUCCUCCUCUUGCUAAAGGAAUCUCUGCCAACAAAACAAAACCAGCUUCUUUUCAGUCUUAAGAAAACUCCUGCUUAUGCCCUACUAUCCAAAGUGACUGAUCUAUUCACAAAACUUUGGGGCCUGCAUUGCAAACUCAUGCCUCCUUUCACAAGGGAGAUGUUAACCUUUCUAACUGUGAAGUGAACAAACUUUUUAUUUUGUUUGUAUGGGUGAGCUGUGACUUACGGAAAGGUCUUUGUUUAACUUGCACCUUUUUGUGUUUCUAUCUAAUUUUCUGCUGCUGCAUAGGAAGCUGUUUCUUACUUUUCUCAUUAUAAAAAUGUUGCUUGGAUGUAACUGAAUUGUAGUCAAGUGGAAAAGGUAAAGGAAAUGAGACCUGUUCUAAAUUUUAAGAAUUUUUUUAAAAAGCUAUUAAAACGGGCCGGUUUUUCCAAA